CUCCUCCAAUACUAAUAAUUUUCAUUGUACUUGAUUUUGUGCGCCGGUUGUAAGUUUUUGUGAAGUAUUUUAGUUUUUAGUUGCAAAACAGUAUAAAAAGUUUUAUUAUAAACGAUUUUGGAAGUAUUUGCCCUCUUACAAUGGCUGAUAUGAAAUCUGUUUUCCAUGAGUGGUGCACAAAGAACAAAGUAGAACCGAAAUUCGAGGUUCGACCGACUGGACCGAAACAUCGCCAACGUUUUUUGUGCGAAGUGCGCGUUCCGAAUUACCCCUACGUGGCGGCUGGAAAUUCUACGAACAAAAAAGAUGCAGAACGCAAUGCAGCACGAGAUUUCAUGAGUUUCUUGGUACGUACCGGCAAAGUAAAUGCGUCUGAUAUACCCGGGGAUGCAGGAAUAGCUGCCAUAGCACCGCAAACGAACAAUGAAGGCGGUGGUGAUAGAUAUGGUUCGCAACGCAAGUUCUUUGAUGGUGGUAUGGGGCCACAAGAUUUGGGUCAGGCUUACCAACCUAUAGAGCGUGAAAUCAAUCCAGUGGAUAGAGCACGUGAACAACUGGAAAUGAAGGAAGCUGAAUCUGUAGACGUAAACGCCGCCAUACAUGGUAAUUGGACGAUUGAGAAUGCCAAGGCAAAGCUGCAUCAGUUUAUGCAGAUGAACAAAAUAACGGCGGAUUAUAAGUAUACGCCAGUUGGUCCUGAUCACGCCAGGAGCUUUAUGGCUGAAAUGCACAUUUUCGUGCGCCAACUGAAACGUACAGUUACUGCACGUGAAACUGGUUCCAACAAGCAAUCGGCGAGUAAAUCUUGCGCCUUGUCUUUGGUACGACAGCUCUACCAUUUAGGCGUAAUUGAGGCUUUUAGUGGCACACUGAAGCAGCGCAAAGACGAUGCGGAUAUGAAACCGUAUCCCGUAAAAAUUUCCGCCGAUCUAAUGCAUAAAGUAGACGAAUGUAUACGUGAACUUGACCUACCGGUUAUUAAUCCUUACAAUAUAAAACCUGAAAAUGAAAAUGCUGGUGUCAGCUUACUGAUCCCUACCAAUAGGGAGACAAGAAGUCAAAAUGACGAUUGCGCACAAAUGCAGGGUUCGGUUAUACCAUGGGCGCCGCCACAACCAAAUUGGAAUGCAUGGAAUGCUUGUAACAUAGACGAGGGUUAUUUGGCGACAGCCACUUUAGAUGAUCUCUGCGAGGAUCUUGAGACUACUUCGAAAGAGAAACGUAUGAAUAAUGCCGAACUACAUAAAUUCAUUGAAUUUCGUGAAUGUCUACCCAUCGCUGCUAUGCGCAAUGAAAUAAUGUCGAAUAUACAUGAACAUCCCGUGGUAAUCAUACGUGGCAACACUGGUUGCGGAAAGACCACACAAAUUGCCCAAUAUAUAUUGGAGGAUUACAUAGCAUCCGGUCAGGGUGCCUUCUGUAAUAUUUAUGUGACACAACCACGUCGUAUUUCCGCCAUUUCGGUGGCUGAGCGCGUAGCCGCCGAACGUUGUGAAAACCUAGGCGAAGCGGUUGGUUACUCGGUGCGUUUUGAAACAGUGACACCACGCCCCUACGGCGCAAUCUUAUUCUGCACUGUCGGUGUGCUCUUGCGCAAAUUGGAAGGUGGCUUACGCGGUAUCUCACACAUUAUUGUCGAUGAAAUUCACGAGCGUGAUGUGAAUAGCGACUUUCUAUUGGUCAUACUACGUGAUAUGGUGCACACAUAUCCCGAUCUGCAUAUCAUACUGAUGUCUGCUACAAUUGAUACAACACUAUUUUCCGAGUAUUUCGGUAAAUGUCCAGUGCUAGAAAUUCCCGGACGUGCUUUUCCCGUGCAACAAUUUUUCUUAGAAGAUUGUGUAGAAAUGACUAAGUUUAUGCCAACACCUGAAUCACGCAAGAAGAACAAGGACCGUGAUGAUGAGGAGAAGUCUGUUAUUGCUGAUAAUGGCGAGGAUGCGAGUGAUCAAAACUUGAAUAAAGUUUGCGACGCAAAGUAUUCACAGCAGACCAAGACGGCAAUGGCGAUGUUGUCCGAAUCCGAAUGUUCGUUUGAAUUGAUCGAUGCGCUUUUAGUGCACAUUAAAUCGAAGAAUAUACCAGGAGCGGUGCUUAUCUUUUUGCCCGGCUGGAAUCUGAUUUUCGCUUUGAUGAAGUAUUUGCAGAAUUCACAGUUCGGCGGUUCACAAUAUCGCAUUCUGCCAUGCCAUUCGCAAAUUCCACGCGAAGAUCAACGAAAAGUAUUCGAGCCAGUGCCAGAUGGUGUAACAAAGAUCAUACUGUCCACCAAUAUCGCUGAAACAUCUAUAACAAUUGACGAUAUUGUCUUCGUUAUCGAUAUCUGCAAGGCGCGCAUGAAGAUGUUCACCUCACACAAUAACCUCACCAGCUAUGCCACCGUCUGGGCGGCCAGAUCGAAUCUGGAGCAACGUAAGGGUCGUGCUGGUCGCGUACGACCGGGUUUCUGUUUUACGCUUUGCUCUCGUGCACGUUUUCAGCGACUUGAGGAGAGCAUGACACCGGAGAUAUUCCGUACACCCUUGCAUGAGUUGGCACUCUCCAUCAAACUAUUGCGUCUCGGUUCGAUACAUCAGUUUUUAUCAAAGGCUUUGGAGCCACCACCACUUGAUGCGGUCAUUGAAGCUGAAGUGCUACUACGCGAUAUGCGUUGUUUGGAUGAUAAUGAUGAGUUGACGCCGUUGGGGCGCAUUUUGGCACGUCUGCCUAUUGAACCCCGUCUGGGUAAAAUGUUGAUAUUGGGCUCAGUGUUUGGUUGCGCUGACAUAUUGGGCAACAUGGCCUCGUACUCGAGCACUUUCUCCGAGAUAUUUGCUUUGGACAUUGGCCAACGUCGUUUGGCAAAUCACCAAAAACUAUUGGGCGGCCGUAAAUGUUCGGAUCAUGUGGCGAUGAUAGUCGCUACACAGAUGUGGGAAAACGCACGGAAUCGUGGCGAAGAGGAGGAGAUCAAGUUUUGCGAGUGGAAAGGUCUGCAAUUGUCCACCAUGCGCGUUAUGUCCGAGGCAAAGGGACAACUUUUAGAUUUGUUGCAGCAAACGGGUUUUCCGGAGGAGUCAAUGAUUUCAUAUAAAGUGGAUGCGAAUAAUGAUGAUCCGGUUUUGGAUAUGGCCACUGCAUUGCUUUGUUUGGGUUUGUAUCCAAACGUUUGCGUACACAAGGAGAAACGCAAGGUUUUGACAACCGAAUCGAAGGCCGCACUUUUACAUAAGACUUCCGUAAAUUGCAGCAACUUAGCUGUAACUUUCCCUUAUCCGUUCUUUGUAUUUGGCGAGAAGAUACGAACUCGUGCUGUCUCCUGCAAACAGUUGACAAUGGUGGCGCCAUUACAUUUGCUGCUCUUCGGUUGUCGUAAAGUGGACUAUAUCAAAGAUAAUGUAAUUCGGCUAGAUAAUUGGCUGAACUUCGAAAUGGAUCCACAACAUGCUGCCGCAUUGGCUGCGCUGAAACCAGCUAUUGAAACACUAAUAACUAUAGCGUGUGAUAGACCAGAUGAAAUUGGUCAACUCGUAGAGCCGCAACAGAAACUUAUAAAUGUUGUGAAGGAGUUAUGCAUUAUGAAUGCUGGCGAUUACAACAUUACCAGGGAGGCAGGUGUGUUACCAUUUCAAAGCCGUCAAGGCGGGGGUGGCGGCAGCGGUGGUGGGCCACCCAACAAGCGUGGGCGUUUUGAUGGCGGUGGCAGUGGUUAUAGUGGCUGGAAUCGUGGUAACGGAGGCAGCAAUUGGGGCUCAGGUGGUGGAGGCGGCGGCGGCAACUGGGGACGCGGUAGCUAUGGACGUAAUAGCGGCACUGGUCAAUGGGGCCGCUACGGCGGUGGUGGUAGAGGCAGAUUUUAAGAUUUUAUAUAUUUUGUAAAAAAACAUUUGAUAUAACGUUAAUAUACAUAUAUUAUAUGAUAGAUAUAACUAAUAAAAGUAUAUGCGCUAUAUACUAAAAUACACUAA